AUGAGCUGCGAGUCAGCCUGCGGAGACUGUACUGAUGACUGCAGUGACCGACCUCUUGUCGACAUCGAGGACUACGAAGCGGAACUGGCCAAGGUUCGGGCCAGGGCGAGACAGCUGGAGGAGACCAUGGCCAGGAUUCGCAGCGAGCUCGCGCCGCCCAAGCCGAAGCGCAAGCUGCGCUCCUCGGACUGGUUCAAUAGGAAGGAUGACCUGGCCAUGACAGCUCUCUAUGUCGAGAGGUAUCUCAAUUCUGGGCUCACCCGAGAGGAACUCAUGUCAGACAAGCCCAUUAUCGGGAUCGCACAGUCUGGGUCUGACAUUGCUCCUUGCAAUCGACACCACAUUGAGCUGGCGAAGCGAGUCCGUGAAGGCAUCCGCUCAGCUGGUGGUAUUGCUUUCGAGUUCCCUAUGCACCCUAUCCAGGAGAGCACGAGACGGCCGACGGCGACUCUGGACAGAAACCUGGCCUAUCUCGGACUGGUCGAGCUCAUGCACGCCUACCCCUUUGAUGGCGUCGUGCUCCUCACUGGUUGUGACAAGACAACGCCAGCAUGCCUAAUGGCUGCCGCCACUGUCAACAUCCCAGCCAUCUGCCUCAAUGUCGGACCUAUGCUGAAUGGCUGGGCUAACGGGCAGAGGGUUGGGUCUGGCACGGUGGUCUGGCACGCUCGAGAGGAACACGCCGCGGGCCGCAUCAGCGACGAUGAGGUCCUCGACAUGGUUGCUAGGGGUACGCCUAGCCCUGGCCACUGCAACACCAUGGGUACUGCGUCAACGAUGAACGCUCUGGCCGAGGCCCUGGGGAUGGCACUGCCUGGGUCCGCAGCAAUACCCGCCCCGUAUAGGGAAAGGUCGCAGGUUGCGUAUCAGACCGGCGAGCGCAUCGUGGGCAUGGUGCACGAGGAUCUGAGGCCCUGCGACAUCAUGACUCGCAGUGCCUUCGAGAACGCCAUCGUGGCCAACACUGCGAUCGGAGGUAGCACGAACGCACCGAUUCAUCUCUGUGCCAUAGCAAGACACGCCGGUGUGCCGCUGGAUCUGGACGACUGGGACCAGAUCGGGUUCUCGAUCCCUCUUCUGCUGAAUAUGCAGCCUGCUGGUGAGAUGCUUAGCGAAGAUUACUAUCAUGCUGGAGGCCUGCCUGCGAUCAUGGCAGAGCUGCUCGCGGCAGACAGGCUGCCGCAUCCUGACGCCAUCGCCUGCAACGGCAUGACGGUGGCCGACAAUGUGCGAGGGCGAUUUACCUGGGACCGGCAGACUAUCAGUUCGUUCAGCCACCCCAUCAAAGAAAACGCAGGUUUUCUCCACCUGACGGGCACGCUCUUCGACUCGGCCAUCAUGAAGACGUCGGUCAUCUCGCCUGUAUUUCGUGAGAAGUUCUUGUCGAACCCUGACGACCCAAACGCUUUCGAGUGCAGGGUCGUAGUGUUUGAUGGGCCCGAGGACUACAACGAACGUCUCGAGGACGCCGAGAUUGAUUGUAGGACGAUCCUGGUGAUGCGGGGCGUCGGGCCUUUGGGCUACCCAGGCGCGGCGGAGGUCGUCAACCGGCACGCGCCUGCAAGGCUGCUGAGAAAGGGGGUGCGGGAUUUGCCGUGUAUCGGAGACGGUCGACAAUCUGGGACGUCUGGAUCGCCGAGCAUCCUCAACGCGACGCCCGAAGCCGCAGACGGAGGCAACAUGGCGCUGCUGAGGGACGGAGAUGUGGUUCGGGUAGAUCUGAACAAGAGGCGUGUUGAUAUCAUGUUGUCAGAGGAGGAGCUCAGGACGAGGCGCGAGGAGCUUGAGACCAAGGGCGGGUACCAGGUACCCCCGAGCCAGACGCCGUGGCAGGACAUUUUCCGUCGCGAGGUUGGUGGGCUGAGCGAGGGCAUGGUCUUCAAGAGGGCUGUACGUUUUCAGCGGAUCGCACAGAGACAACCGGUUCCGAGGGACAAUCAUUGA